AGUUUAUAAGCUCAUCAAAAUUGCUUCAGUCUUAUCUAAAUAUCAGUCUUCAAAUUAUAAAAGAUAAUGAAGAAGAUUUACAACUUUUUUAUUAGAACUUAGCUUAUUGCACUAAUAUCUAAACUCUUACAAUUUUGCUCAUAUAAACUCAAAUCAAAGACUAAGGAUUAGAAAAUUUAGGAUAAUAACUAAUUAAAUGCAGAGAUCUUUCAAAUUUAACUCUUUAACUUGGAUAAAACAAAGAAAUAGGAUCUUAAGGAAUCUUAGAUUUAUUUUCUGGUCUAAUGCAUUGCUCUAAGCUUUCAACUUUUAACUUUGAACUCAAUGGAAAAAAUAUUUGCUAUGAAAAUAUGUCAAAUUUAUUUUCAUAUUUAGGAAAAUGUGAUAAUCUUUAAAUUCUAAAUGUUAAACUUAGCGAGUGUAAAAUCACAGCAAGAGGAUUAGAAUGCUUAAGCUCUGGCUUAAAAAAUUGUACUAAUAUCUCAAAUUUCAAAUUAGACAUCUAUGAAAACUAGAUAAAUGAUGAAGGUGUUUAGGCUUUAUCUUUAGCUUUAGCAAAUUGUACUAAAAUUUCAACUUUAUGUUUAAAUCUGUGGUAAUUUUUUUUUAAAUAAAUAAAUUUCUUUCAACUGUAAAAUUGGUUAUUUGAAUCAUAAUAAAAGUUGCACAAAUAUUGGAACUGUUGGAGCAUAAUCUCUAGGAUUAAAUCUAGCUAAAUGUAUGAAACUCUCAACUUUGAUCCUUUUUCUUUACUUUAAUAAUAUUGAUGAUAAAGGUGUAUCACUUUUAAGUUCUGGCUUGUCUAAAUGUAAAGUUCUAUCCAAUCUGACACUAGGCUUGAGUAACAAUAGUAUUGGAGAUUAAGGGGUCAAAGAUUUAGGUUUUUCAUUUUAAAAUUAUGACAAUCUUUAAAGUCUAAACUUAUCUUUAGAUAGGAAUAAUUUUGGGUAGAUAGGUGUUUCAGGUUUAGCAAUAAUCUUUUAAAACUGUACAAAACUAAAUACAUUAGCUUUAAAUUUCUCGUAUAAUAAUGAUAUUGGUGCUUAAGGUUUUUAAAUUUUAUGCUAAGGUUUAGCUAAAAAUAAAAAUUUAUCUUCUUUGGUGUUAAUAUUGUGUAAAACCUAACUUGGAGAUUAGAGCUUAUAAGAGUUAGGCUCUGCUUUAGUAAAAUGCAGUAAUCUCUCAAUUAUAAGAUUAGAUCUUUUUGGAAAUAAAAUUGGAAAUCAGGGUGCGUUGAAUUUAGGCUUGGAGUUAUCAAGGUGUGCUUAGCUUUCACAUUUAACUCUAGAUCUCUCUUAAAACUUAGUUUAGGGUUAGGGGGCAAUAAAUUUAGGUUCUAAUCUAAAAAAAUGUGUUAAUCUAAAAACUUUGAAAUUAGAUAUUCUAAUGUGUUAGAUUGAAAACGAUCAACAAAAAAAAAUGAUAUUUUAAAUUUGUAAAAUAAAGAGGCUAGUUGAAAAAAAUAUCAAUUAAUUAAUAAUUUGA